CAACAACUGUAACUCUUUCUCUUUGUAGAGAGUAGAUCGUCGACAUGUGCUUCUUCUUCACUGAGGAUGACAAAAUGAACUCACCAGCGGUCCUGGGAACAAACAAGUGAGGAAUCGUGGAUCCGGCGGCCGCUGGACCUUUAAACAGAAGCAGGAAACAUGAUUCCGGUGGCAGCUGCGUCGGCCGUUUCUGUCCCGGCCAAAAAUCAUACCGAGGACGGCUCGUUUCUCCGACAAUUUCCGACUGACAUGACAAAAGAAGGCGGCGUUGUUGUGACGCGCGCGAAUUUCGAAGCCAUGAAACGCAUGAGAUCCUUCGACGAGCUGCUAUCUAGAGCGGAAGAAAAACUUCCUCCUUUCGACAUAGACAAGUUCAAGGAGCAGAACGCGAUCAGAAACGAGUACACUGACCACGAGCAAUCCGUGACAGACGACAGUGACGAGGAUGACGUGGAGGAUGUUAGUGCACUGCACGGCCCGCUCGGCGAAGGUGAGAUCGGUGUCCGCCGAAAAAAGAAAAAAAGCGUUUUCAGUGUUGUGAAGAAAGCGGGCAUUGAGCCUAAGGUUAAUUCAAUCGCGGGCGACAAUGAUCAGAAAAUUGUGGGGGAGGGCGCAGACUCUUCUGCCCAUCUGCAGAGUAGCGGCACGGAAAGCUGCUCAUCUUCUGCGGCUGCUGCUUCAGGAUCAACCGGAGACGAGAAACACGGAAAAUUCUACCGGGUCCAUCCGGAUCAGUUUGUCGUGGACUCCCAACUACGGGUGAAGCAACAGCUAGUCGAUGACUAUUCCGAAAAGCACCAACAGUAUCGCAACCGUCCGAAAGUUUGCCCAUCGAAAGAUACAGCAGUGGCGGAGUUUGCGGAGCUGUCGCGUGCUCAGACCCGGGCUUUCACCGGUACUUGCGAGUUGCGAGUGUUCGGUAACAGGAGUGGUACGCGAGUCGCCGCCCGGUUCCGCGCCACCAAUGCGGCGUCGUACCUGGAGAGCAUGCGGAAAAUAACGGAAUUCAUCGAUUUGGAGGCAGGACACCUUCACGGCAUUGCACACGCCGCGUUUCUAGGCCAGUACGAGUCUCUACCUGGACGUCUUUUGCCCGAUCUUGGUGUGGAGAUACGGUCGUUCGGUGGCGAUUUGUGUUGCGGGAUCAAGCGAAUCUGGCCAAUGGAGAGCGUUCUGGUGAUGGCAGGGAUCAACUCCGAAACGGAGGUUUUGGAGUGGGGCCCAGAUAAAGCAAUAAACGUCUACGAGUACAACAGUAACGCGCUUCCUGGCCGCAAAGACAUCUUGACGGCCGACGUGGUCCUGCAAAGUUUCCUGCGUCAAACUUUGGAAACGCAGUUGCAGAAUGUUUUCAAAUCUGUGUGGUGCGGGCUGAAGUCGGCUUCUUCGCGAGACGGAGAAAAUUUCUUGGACGUCAUGGCGGGGCCAAGCACUGGCCUAUUGGAUCUCCAAUGGGACAUUCCGUGUGAAGCAAUUUUUGCGUUUGCGCACGGUCUCCUCUUGCUGGUACAGUCACGUGAGAAGAAAUACGUUAGGAACUUCUACCCACAACUUCCGGAUCCGGACAGGAAGUUGAGAGGUCGUGGGAGCCAUCGCGAGAAGGACCUGUACAGGUGCGGUGGUGGGUUCAUUGUGUCGAACUUGCUAACAGUUGGUCUGUUGCACUUGUGGCUGCUUGACGACGCGACGGUCCGCAGUUUCGUACGGCCAAUUGACUUGUUGCCUGAGGACGAUCAACUUCACCGUCAGGGCGAGGGCGAAGUAGACGCAACAGGACCGACAAGUAUCGUCACGGGCGAGUGCAGCAACUUUACUUCAGCGACGGACAAUCAAGAUCAGUUCAGUAGCAGCAGCAACCAUGUUCAUGUUACUACUCUUCGCCGAGCCGACGGUGCGAUGAUGCGAACGGGUGAUAUGUUUGCCCUCGGAAGCGUACUACCCGCGUUUGGGUGGCGGUGCCUCCCGAACGGACCGGGAGGACGAGUAAUGCUGCUUCGACUCACGGAAGAAGAAGUCGCCCUUCGGUCGCUUGCACCAGCAGCGGUUUCGUCGGAAGCCGGCAAAGGCAAGGACGAGAAACUGAAGACUCCGAUGAGUCACGAGACAACGCUGCGCAUAUAUGCGUGCGUUUCCAUGUCAAAUACAGUCAUGCACAAGGCUUCUGCUUCUGAUGGUGUUGCUGCUGCGUCCUGGUUGGACCGUUCAUUGGCGGGCUAUGUCAUCCUGCCGGAUCGAGCAAUAACAGCGUCGUGGGGUCGUUCGCGGACCCCUCCCAAGUAUAAGGGGCGUGAUGUGGCGUCGCCGGGAGAGGAGCAAAGAAUGCUGAACGGGAACAGAGUGCGGUUUGAGUGGAACUCUUUGGCGAUGUUCAUUGAGCCGGGUGAAUGUGGCUUAUCCGGCGCGGAAUUGGUAGAACUCUGGGACAAGCAGAUGCGGUCGGCGGCAAGGCAGCGUUUGACCGUUGAAGCUCCCUGGCGCAACGCCAUACCAGACAAUAGGCACCUGGAUCCCUCGCGAACAGUUCUUCCUCCGAGUAAGCUAAGCAUAUUCAGAGGCUCCAGAGAGGAAACCGAGUAUUACAGUUUAUUUAAACUGCUGCAUGGCUAUGCUUAGGAGUGGCGUUAGAGCGACCAGUUUUUUGUUUGCGACGUUUUUUUUUCUCAUUUUCAUGUUUCCCACAUUUGUGACUGAAAAUCUCAAUCAGAUUUUCCAAGCUUGUGGGGCGACGCUGCGAACUCGCGGCGAACAAAGUCGAUUGGUUUCGGCUGACCUACCCGGAGAUUUUUUUCAACACGAGCGAUAGCGUCUGGUACAUGUUGCGCAUGCAGUUGAAGGGUUGCCGCUAUACUCUGGAGGAUCUCGUUCUAGGCAAGGAGAUCGUCUGGCGCCGGCUCGCGGAUGCUUUCGACGAAAAGGAGGCGCGACGAGUAGAGGAAUCCGAGAACAAAGCGACAGCCAAAGGAGCUGAGCAGGCCAACUUCAUACCCGCGGAGACGUUUGACGGAAGCAGGCUGGGGUACGUGUUCAAGCGAGGUGAACUGGGUCUGGGGUACUACCGGGACGCCGUGGGGUUCUCGACAGCUACGAAUAGCAAUGAUGCAGCCGGGCCGCGGCUGAUCAGCGACACGCUUCCGAAAAAUCCGUGGCGCUGGAAGGCGGUAAAUCAACAUAGUCAAGUCCCGGUCCACGACCCUCCGCAGGAGUUUCACAUUGCGGCCGACCAAGAUGAUGAAUCACCCGCGCAGUCACGUGUUGUGCGCGAGGUUUCGCGACUCUGGCGGUUUUUUCCUUCGGAAGAAAUUCCGAAUGUCAGCUCGGAUGUAAGAAAAUGAACGCAGUGAUCGCGGUUGCCUGGCUCUGGUCUCGUGAUAGGAACAAGUAAGUACAACGGUCGGAGUUUGCAAUUUGUAUGAACUUGAUCUGCAGGAUUGAGCAUGUACCUAACUUUGCCUCCUACCUUCGAAGGAUCUCCCUCCCCGCAGUGGCCGCGGCGAUAUGUUCUUACGAAGUUAGGCAUUUGCUCUAUAGUUAGAAGAUUUGGGCAUGAUAAGAUUCAGAUUGCUUAAUAUCCUUGAGUAUUCCACUUGCGCUUGCAGCUGGAGUAUUAUCUUGUGCAGUUGCAGCAAGCGCGUGGCUGCAGUUCUUGUUGUUUGAUAACCUCUACGGACGUUCGAUAACCUGUACGACUAUGCAGACCAGGUUGAACGGGCGCUGAACGAAAACGACGCCAUGGCAUCCACCGGCAGCGAGGCUGGAGAAAGUGAUUUUGAAGUCCAUCCAACCGAUGAAGAACCCGACCAAGGGCCGGAAAACAGUGGCAAGCCUGAUGUCGAAAAGAAGCGUGUGAAGAAGCUUUUCUUCACAUUUGGUAUAGCCGAAGAGGAAAUAAACGAUGAUGGCGACGAGGUACCGAGUGAUGACGAAGAUAGCGAAAGCGAUGACGAUGAAAAUCCUUUUGACGAUGAAGAUCCUUUAUUCCCCUGAUGUGGUUUUUAUUCACGAUAGCUGACGCGGUGCGGAAGAACUUGUUGAUUUAGGUAGGAGAAUUGUAUCUCUGUAGCAGCUUGUUUCUCCUUUGUAGAUGAUUCAUAUCCAGUUUGAGAUUCAUAUCUGGAGGGCCGGCGCCACGAUACAGAGAGUGGGCGGCCUUUCAUUUCGCGAGGGAACAGUCACAAGCACAAUCAUACAUCUUUUAUAUCCCUAAUCAGUGUAGCCAUGGAGAAACAG